AUGUCACUAAAAGUACCAAAAGCUAACAACAUCCAACUCUUCAAGGAUGGCUACAAGCACCUCCAGGGCAUCGAAGAUGCCGUCCUUCGAAACAUAAAUGCAGUCUCAGAGCUAUCCGAUCUCGUACGGACAAGCUUUGGUCCAAAUGGCCGGAAUAAACUCAUAAUAAAUCACCCUUGGCCGACUUUUCCAGCUAAGCUCCUUGUCAUGGCCUCGCAAGCUCAAGAGUCCGAAAUGGGUGACUCUACUAACAUGGUCAUCAUUCUCGCAGGAGAACUACUCAAGAAAUCGGAGAAUCUACUCGUGAUGGGCCUCCAUCCCAGCGAGGUCAUCAAGGGAUACGAACUCGCAUGCGCCAAAGCCCUCGCGGAACUUGAAACCUACCGUCCCCUUUUACGCAGGGAAUCCCUUAUUACAGCCCUCAAACCCGCGAUCGCUUCGAAACAAUACGGUUACGAGGACACAUUAUCGUCACUUGUGGCAGAAGCCGCGCUCGCAGUCAUGCCCAAAAACCCGAAGAAUUUCAACGUCGACAACGUCCGCGUCGUCAAGAUCAUGGGCGGCAGCCUUUCGGGCAGCAAAGUUGUACAAGGGAUGGUAUUUGGUCGCGAACCCGAAGGUAUCGUCAAAAAAGUUUCAGGCGCGAAAGUGGCCGUCUUUACAUGCGCCCUCGACGUCGCCCAAACCGAAACCAAAGGCACUGUCCUCCUCAAAAGCGCAGACGAAAUGCUCAAUUUCACGCGCGGCGAGGAACAACAACUCGAAAGGAUCUUCAAGGAAAUCGCUGAUUCAGGCAUAAAAGUUAUCAUUGCAGGCUCAUCCGUCGGCGACCUAGCCCUACACUACCUCAAUCGCUUCAACAUCGCCGUUCUCAAAGUCCUCUCCAAAUUUGACCUCCGCCGCGUAGCUCGCGUCGCCAACGCCACUCCUCUCGCCCGCGUCGGUGCACCCACCCCAGAAGAAGCCGGCUACGUCGACAUCUUCGAGACAACGGAGAUCGGUGGAGACCGCGUCACCGUCCUCCGUCAGCUCGCUCCCGGCGAGGACGGGUAUCAAGGAGACGCGGAGAAGACGCGUACAGCGACGAUCGUGCUUAGAGGGGCGACGGCCAAUCAUCUUGAUGACCUCGAGCGCGCUAUCGACGAUGGCGUCAAUGUCAUCAAAUCUCUAAUAAAGGACGCACGGUUGGUUCCUGGUGCUGGUGCAACGGAACUGGAGCUGGCCAAGCGUGUUGAGGUAUACGGGAGCGGGAUGAGGGGGCUGGCACAACAUGCUGUGAAGCGGUAUGCUACCGCACUCGAAGUCAUACCCAGAACGCUCGCUGAGAAUGCGCUGGGAGGUGCUGAGGGUAACGAGGUUCUCAGUCGGUUGUGGGCCAAGCACGAACAGAAGGGCGGCGAAGCCUGGGGUGUCGAUAUCGAGGCUGAACAAGAUGGCACUCUGCUAGCUACCGACUUCAAGAUUCUCGACCCACUAGCUGCAAAACAGUGGGCGAUCAAGCUCGCAACAGAAGCCGCCGUAUCCGUACUUAGCGUCGACAGCAUCAUCAUGAGCAAACCCGCAGGAGGACCCAAAGUCCCUCAACAGGCGAGUAACUGGGAUGAAGAUUAGGGUAGUGCUACGGGAGCAUCUAGACUGCUUUACAGUAAUUUUGCACAGAUCAGAGAAGUCACGAGUAAUGGGAAUAAAAAACAGGUGAAGCCAAAAAGAACGUCAGGAUGAGCAGCGAGAAUACUGUGGGGAGUGUGGUACUGUACAAUGUCCAUGAUAGAUAUCCGCGAACGGUCGUAUGUGACCCAGAGAACGGAAUGCAAAAGGAUUAUGACGACAACAAGGAGUCCGUUGUAGAUGGGGGGGGGGGUUAGGUGUGACCGUAUACAUGAGCGUCCAUGGUCUAUGACUCAUC